AUGUCUAUCGGCACCUUCCUGGCCGAUGAAAGCCUUGGCUCCUGGGCCGAUGAGAUGGAGGAUAUGCCUUUGCCUUGUAAUUGCAUAGCUCCUCCUUCCCAACUCAGCUACGGAGGUGACCGCCGCGGCGCUGGCCCUCUUUCCGGUGGAUUCGGCAAUGGCUUUAAUGACCGUGGUGGAUAUGCGAUCAGAGAGCCUCUCCCACUUCCUACUCAACCCCCUUACACCGCUCACGUUGGAAACCUUUCUUUUGAGGCGACCUCGGCCGAUAUCAACGACCUGUUUGCUGGGUGUGGCGUGACGAACGUCCGUAUCGUUGAAGAUAAGUUGACAGGAAGCCCGAAGGGCUUCGGCUAUGUGGAAUUUGAGACCGUCGACGGCUUGAAGAAGGCCCUUGACCUCUCAGGAACCACCCUUCAGGGAAGAGCGAUUCGUGUCAGCAUCGCUGAGCCCCCCAAGGAGCGUGAUGUCAAGGAGCUUGACUGGACUCGCAAGGGCCCCUUGCCCGCGCCCGAGCAACCUCCCCGUCGUGUGCCCGACCGCUCGACUUUCGGACGUAACCUCGACAACCUCUCCGAUGCCGGUAGCGAACGUGUCGGUGGUCGUCGCAACUUCGAGUCGGAUGGAAAGGUGCGCGAUUUCGGCAACUGGGAGCGCAAGGGUCCUCUUUCUCCGGUGACUGGACCAGUCAGAGAAGGUGGCCGUCCUCGCAGCAACGAGGGCCCCGGUUUCAGAAGAAGCUCGCCCGCUUGGGGUGAGGGACGCUCUCAGGAUGGCUCGAGACCCCCGCGCCGCGAAUUCCAGGAGCGCGCACCCACUGCCGCCGAACUCGAUAACUCAUGGAGAGCCAGAAUGCGCCCCGAUCAGGCCCCUGCCAAGGAACCCAAGAGACAAGUUGAGGAACGUCGUCAACUAGCGCUCCGUCAGAAGAAGGAGGCCGAAGAGAAGGCCAAGGCCGAGAAAGCCGAGAAGCAGCGCCAAUCCAAGGAGCAGGCCAAGAGCGAGAAGCCUGUGCCAGCCGCCGAUCCCAACGGCAAGGACAGCAUGGACAUCCCUCAAGGCGGAAAGAACUUCGAGAUCCUCCGGCAGGCCGGUGAGGAUGAAAGCGGUGCUGCUGAACAAGAGCAACCGGAAAAAGCCCCUGCCGCUGCUGUGGGUGAUGAGGCCUCGAAGCAGGCUCCCGCCGGCAAGGCGAACGGUAACUGGCGAAGCGGAGGUCCUGCUCAGCCCGCCGAGGCUGCCGCAGACGAAGAAGGCUGGAGCACUGUGAGCUCGAGGCAACGCAGCAACCGUCGUGGGCAGUCUGGACGUACAUUCGCAUAG